UGCACGUAGCCGAGUGGGCGGUUUCACUUCGAUUGUCAAUCUUUUAUCGCUUCUCUGUGUGUCACCAACGCUUUCCUCUCUUCUCCACACUGCACCAUCAACCUCUAACGACGUCGAGGGACCAUAGGGGGUCACACAGCGACGCAGGGGAACUGAAAUGUAAACGGUCAACGAUUGAUCAUAGCCCUUGGACUUGUCAGCCUUUCAUUUCCAGCCGAGUCGCCGUGAGACAGCAGAAACAUAUGGCUCCCUGAAAUAGCUGCUGCGGACCAUAUUGAACUGCAAUUGAUUCACGCCAGAGGGUCAAUAGUGUUAUAAGAUAAAAGCCGGAAAGCUUCCACUCGUGACUAUAGUUUCUAUGAAAUAUAUGUUAUUUUUAUACCGGUGUUUUUGRGCUUUCGUUUUUGUACGCUUUCGGUGAUCCCGCGCAGCUCCCCUUUCUAACACCCAUCAUAACAAGACUCGGUUUAGCGGGUUGCUUGCUCGGCGAUAAAUUAAAUUAGAUGAAUAAUUCACUCCGAGGAUAGAGGAGUGCGUCGUUUAGCKCAGUCACUCUUCACCGGCGCCCGUUCGUCCCAGUUUGCCUCGGGAUUGGGUCUCUUCGCCACCGGGAGUUCCCCUACCUCGGCUCGGUCUCGUCGUUGUUCUUCCCGGUGACCUACAGAAGAGCGAGUUCGCGCUCCUCGCUAACAGAUCAUGUCAGCGGAAUCGGUGUUGAUCCCGGACGACCGGGCAUUCAGCAACUUCAAGGAGGAGUGCGGGAGCGAGGAGGGCUGGAGUCUGACCUACAACAAGACGGGCAUGACCGUGUGGACCCAGACUAUUGGAGGAGACGAGGAGAAGUCACUCCACAAGAUUAAGUGUCGGAUGGCGUGUAAGGACGUGCCAGCUGAGACCAUGUAUGAUGUUCUCCAUGACAUCGAGUACCGGAGGAAAUGGGACGCAAACGUCAUCGAAACCUUCGACAUCGGAAAACUCACUGUUAACGCAGACGUGGGCUACUACUCCUGGAAGUGUCCCAAGCCGCUGAGGAACCGUGACGUCAUCACGCUGCGCUCCUGGCUGCCCAUGGGCAGUGAUUAUCUCUUUGUCCUGAAUCACUUCCCCUAUUGUCCAUUAUAACAUGUGUCUCUGGAUCAAUUGGCUGUAUCCUGUAAAGAAUCCUGAACACACACAACCGGUCCGCUCUCUGUUCCUCAACACUACAGAUGUAUGAAUGUAUGUAGAGUUCAAAUCCUUAAAAUACAGAUUCCUACAAAGGUUUUCAUAUUUC